AUGGAUUUCUUGAUAUUCCUCGCCCACAUACUGUUCUUCUUCGGUGACCUUCACCCUGUGAAAGGUCGAGGUCAUCUUAUUGACCCCCCUAUGAGGUCAAGCCUGUGGAGAUAUUAUCCCUGGAAUCAGAUGGGUGUCCCUAAAAAUGCGGACGAUACCGGUCUGAACUGCGGGGGAUUCUGGCGGCUGCAUGAAAUUAACAACGGAAGUUGUGGGCUUUGUGGAGACCCGUAUGACCAAAACCGCCGAAACGAGGCUGGGGGAAUAUACGCCAAUGGCUACAUCGUCCGGAAAUAUUAUCAAGACGACGAAUUCCUAAACGUGACGGUGGACAUUUUAACGAACAUAGGGGGAUACUUCGAAUUCCAUCUCUGCCCUAACAACAAUGUUUCAGAAACAAUUACCCAGGAAUGUCUAGACAAGUAUCCGCUGACGAUUGAGGGAUACGGGAGUAAAUAUGUUCCGAAUAAUCCCGGGGAACACAAUUUGUUUCUAAAAAUACCGGAUGGCGUCACGUGUUCGCAAUGUGUUCUUCAAUGGAAAUGGGUUGGAGGAAACAACUGGGGAACCUGCGAAGAUGGGUAUGGGGGCCUUGGUUGUGGAAAACAGGAAGAAUAUUACAACUGCGCAGACGUCGCUAUCCUUCCACCUUCCGCUAACAGAACGAGGUCAGCUCGUCCUGGAUAUGUAGACCGGAAGUACUUGUUCACUACAACGACGCAGAAUCCCAUGAUGCCAAUUCUUCCUCCAUUCAUACGGCGGUCAGAAAAAUUCAAGAAAUUUUAUAAAAAAUAUUUAGAAAAAGUUAUGAAUGGAAUGGUAGCAGGUAAAUGGUCAGAUAAUGCUGUUUCCAGGUUGGAUUAUAAUCUUGAGAAGCAGAAACUAACCAACCAAUCGAAACAGAGUUCGUAUUGGAUGCCGAACAGAAUUUCCGACUUCCGCUUGACUGGACAGUAUCCAGAUUCGUCGAUGCCGUCUUUAUCAAUCAAUGUUCCGGAUUCAUUUAAAGGGAAGACAGAAUAUUCAUUCUUGGAUGUUGUGAGAAAUAGCUUGAAGUUUGGAAAUUUUGACAGCAAUUUUAAAAGUUUAGAAGUCAAUGAUUUUGUUACUGGACGACCUGUUUAUCUGCCAGAGGCUACUCUAAAUAUGCCGUUACCUCCCACUCAGACUAUAGCCACCCUAAAACCGGCACCGAUUACAGGUAAGAUCCUUCCUUGA